AUGGAUAACGAUACCAAGGAUGAUAGCAACGUGAAUAAUUUCCUAUCCCAACUGAACACCCUAAACAAGAUAAUAAGCUCCUUCAAGGAGACCUGCAAGAUAUCGUCCUACUGCUUCGAUAAAUGCGUGAGCUACCCGGAAAAAAGCCUGAGCAACACGAACAAGAAGUGCAUCUGGAAUUGCACACAGAGAUACCUUGAAUGUGACUACUUCAUAAAAAAUCGCUCGAAGGAUAACGCGGAGCUGUCAAAUAUGAACGUACUGGACGGGGUUAUGAAGUCGAAGUUGAGGAGAGAGAACCAGAAGAUGGAACAGAAGGGCCACUUCAAGGAGCCCUUUCUCUACGUGGAAGCGAAGGACGUGGAGGAAGAAAAGCGUGAACUGUACUUUUCCUUUGUGGAGAGAUGUUUUGACUACCUUUUGCAACAAAGCGAUGAGUACAUCAUCGCGACCGUGAAGAGGAAUGGGUCAUUGACUUCGUUCUUCUUUUCCCAUUUGUUAAGUCCGAAUAGAAGUUACGACUUGCCGUUCGAUCGACCGGAUGAGGAAAGGGAGCGCUCCCCAUUCGAUAGACACAUUUUUGAGCUUUACAUUAAAUUGUUCAGAAUUUACCUGAACAAGGACAGGCGGGAAAUGAGUACAAUAAAAUCGAGUUUCAUAAAAAUACACAUUUUUAUGGACAUCAUCAUGAUGUUCCAUCGAUCGAAAAAGAGAAAAAAGGAAAUAAAAAAAUUGCUAAACGAGGCAUACAAAUUGAACAGAAUUAAUUUCCUGAGCGUAAGUAAGUAUUUCUCAUUCCUGUACGAGGAGGUGAAGUCUGUGAAGGAGCAGAUCGAACGUUAUGCACACAACAGGGGGAGUCUACAGAACCUUCUGUUUAAGAUUAACGAGUUUAUAGUUGCUGUUUUUUGUUUCGUAAAAUUUUUUCACCCAUUCAAUUACUUCGAUCGCAACCAGAAUAAACAGACGAACGAUUUGAUUCUCCUAAGGUUGAUGUUUUAUCGUGGGGUGGACGUGGGGUCCUUCUCUCUGUCCACUUCUGCGCCGGAGAUUUUAAAGGGGGAGGAGGGCUCCAGUGGCAGUUCCUUCCUCCACUUGGUGGUGCAGACUUACUUCGAAAUGAUUCACCACCUGUAUGAGGACACCCUGAAGGAGCCCGCACGCAAGGACUUGCUCUACCUGCGGCACCUCUUCGCGCAAGUGCUAACCAUGAUGAUGAAGUAUGUUCUCCUACACGGGAACGAAAAGAACAAACUGGUAAUCGUCUCCAUUAUUGUCGAUAUGCUGAAGCAGGCAAGUGAACAAAUGAACCUGUUGUACUUUUUACGAAACGACAUGCAGCUAUGCAACUGGAGGUUCCUCCAAACGUUUGUCCUAAAGGGUAAACUGGAUAUACAUUUUUAUUUCUACCUGAACGGACUUUUACAAGUGAAUAGUAAAAAGAGAGUGAACAGAAUGUGCCGCAUAAAAUAUCGACAGGAGAUCGAACGUGUCAUGGAGGUUACCAGUUUGGAGGACGAAGGUGUUGUUCUGAAGGUUCUGAGGAGGAACAACUUCGACGUCUGCAAAGCUGUGGAGGAGGUGCUGGCCACGGGGGUGGGAACGGGAACAAGUAAUCACAGCGUCAGUAGCGAUGGUCUAAGCAGCCACAGUGUAAGUAGUGAUAACCUAAGUAGUGAUGACAUAAGUAGUCGUAGCAGACGUGGGGAUGAUGGACGCCGUGCCGACCUUGUCGAGUGGGACAAACAGCACGCACCUGCAAAGCAUAGACAGAGGAACAUCCUAGACGUGCUGCGCGAACGAACACGAAGGGAAAAGUCCCACAGAAGGAAAAGCAGCAAAAGCAGAUACACCAAUGAUGACCUGGGGGAAGAAAAUAAGAACAAAAUUUACGACCUCCUGGAUAGGUCAAGCAGUUCUGAUGCCUUUCCAGAGGAUGGCUCACUGGAAGAAAUGCAGAAUGAGGGGUUGCCUUGCACGUCGUACAGGAGGAAUUGUGAAGACGGGAGCGGCGGCAGCGAUGGCGGCCUCCCACGUGGUGUUACUGACAGGCAUGGUUUUGCUGACAGGCGUGGUGUUACUGCUCGAGGGGGGGUUACUGACCGGCGUGGUGUUGCUGGUCGACGUGGCGUUGCUGAUCGACGUGGUGUUUCUGACUCACGUGGGCAUGCCAAGCAGGGACAAGGAACCUUUAGCAGAGGCAGGCCGCCCCGGCAGCAGCAUGGCACUAGGACUCCUGAGGGUGCAGACGGUGCAAAAGGCGAGCCGAAGGGAGACGCAUGUUCCGACGGAGCGAACAGGACCAAGCGGUACUACAUGAAGAAGACGACCAACAAGGGGAAGUCCCACAGGCGACAGUACGAUAGGAAGAUGAGCCGAGGAAUGCUGUGA